AUGGAUGCAGCAAAUUCAGAGCUGUCGGAAGUUCCGGUGCUGUCAUGUCCAUCAGUGGCCCUACCCUCAUUACAACCAUCGAUAGAACCAACAACAUUAAAAUCCACGGACCAGGAUAGGAACCUUAGUACCGAUUCUUCCACACUUACUCGCGACCUAUGCGGGCCUGUAUCCACAACUCUCACUCCUCUUAAAGAUGACGUCUGCUCAUCAGCCAAUCAAUUGUCGCCGCAAUAUCCAGCUGCACCAUGGCUCGAUACAAUCCCAGCUGCCUGCGAAGUCCAGAACGCCAGCUCUUCUAUCCGUAAAAAUUCCUAUAUUUUUUGGGGGGAGGAGGGGUUACUUCUCUCCGUAUCCUAA